AUGGCCAGCAACAGCAGCUCCUGCCCCACGCCCGGAGGGGGGCACCUCAACGGCUACCCUGUGCCCCCCUACGCCUUCUUCUUCCCCCACAUGCUGGGGGGGCUCUCACCGCCCAGUACGCUGGCCGGCAUCCAGCACCAGCUGCCCGUCAGCGGAUACAGCACCCCCUCGCCCGCCACCGUCGAGACGCAGAGCACCAGCUCGGAGGAGAUCGUGCCCAGCCCGCCCUCGCCCCCGCCCCUGCCCCGCAUCUACAAGCCCUGUUUCGUCUGCCAGGACAAGUCCUCGGGGUACCACUACGGGGUGAGCGCCUGCGAGGGCUGCAAGGGCUUCUUCCGCCGCAGCAUCCAGAAGAACAUGGUGUACACGUGCCACCGGGACAAGAACUGCAUCAUCAACAAGGUGACGCGCAACCGGUGCCAGUACUGCCGCCUCCAGAAGUGCUUCGAAGUCGGCAUGUCCAAGGAGUCCGUCCGCAAUGACCGGAACAAGAAGAAGAAGGACGUGCCCAAGCCGGAGUGCACGGAGAGCUACAUCAUCACGCCUGAGGUGGAGGAGCUCAUCGAGAAGGUGCGCAAAGCCCACCAGGAGACCUUCCCCGCCCUCUGCCAGCUCGGCAAAUACACUACGAACAACAGCUCGGAGCAGCGCGUCUCCCUGGACAUCGACCUGUGGGACAAGUUCAGCGAGUUGUCCACCAAGUGCAUCAUCAAGACGGUGGAGUUUGCCAAGCAGCUCCCCGGCUUCACCACGCUCACCAUCGCCGACCAGAUCACCCUCCUCAAAGCUGCCUGUCUCGACAUCCUGAUCCUGCGGAUCUGCACGCGCUACACACCGGAGCAGGACACCAUGACCUUCUCGGACGGGCUGACACUGAACCGCACGCAGAUGCACAACGCCGGCUUCGGGCCCCUCACCGACCUGGUCUUCGCCUUUGCCAACCAGCUGCUGCCGCUGGAGAUGGACGACGCCGAGACGGGGCUGCUCAGCGCCAUCUGCCUCAUCUGCGGAGACCGCCAGGACCUGGAGCAGCCCGACAAAGUGGAUAAGCUGCAGGAGCCGCUGCUGGAGGCGCUGAAGAUCUACGUGAGGAAGAGGAGGCCCAACAAGCCCCACAUGUUCCCCAAGAUGCUCAUGAAGAUCACGGAUCUCCGCAGCAUCAGCGCCAAGGGUGCCGAGCGGGUGAUCACGCUGAAGAUGGAGAUCCCGGGGUCGAUGCCGCCCCUCAUCCAGGAGAUGCUGGAGAACUCGGAGGGCAUGGACACGCUGGGGGGGCAGCCGGGCAGCCCCCGCACGGGCAGCCUGGGGCCCCCCCCGGGCAGCUGCAGCCCCAGCCUCUCGCCCAGCUCCAACCGCAGCAGCCCGGCCACGCACUCACCGUGA